GAAGCGAGCGAAUCGCCAGCUCAGUCGCACCGUUUUGUUUCGAUCCACCGAUGCGAGACUCGCGACAUGCGAGAGGAGCUCGUCGAGACCGGCGCUUCCUGGUGUCCCCAUCGGAUGACUCUCGCAUUCUUGCUCGCCGCCUGACGUCCGUGGUACCGGUGCAGGGCACACGUCCGUUCGAUCAUCUCUCGCCGGCUAUUGGCGCUGACAUUUUACUGCCUCGACGUGGAGAGGUGGCUACGGACUGUCCUACGAACACCGCCGACACUGUAACAUAGGAUUAAGAUCGAUCUUGAAGUGACACUUUGGCGUUGAAAGCGAUAGCCGCGUCUCGCCGAGGGGAUCCUGCUGACGAGAACCGUUCCGUUUCGGUGCGACCAUGGUAACAAGGCCAGCCUAGAAGCAGACAGGAGAAAAAGAAACGAUGCAUCUGAUUCUACUUUGGGCGUUGGUCGGCCUAAUUGGCCAAGUGUACUGCAAAUGCAGCAUAGUACCGAUAACAGAUGACGAACGGUCGAUCGCCUACGCGUGCACGCACGGCGACCUAAACGACCUCGACGAGAUCUCCAGCGAAGCGGAAUGGAUAGAGUUCACCGUGUCGCGGUUCCAAUCCAUUCCCGACAACGCUUUCUGGCGGUUUAAGAAUCUUAGGAGACUGUCCUUUUACAAUUGCCACGUGAACUUCAUCGCACCCGACGCGUUCGCCGGGUUGAACCGUUUGGAGUGGCUGAUACUUCAUGGGACCAAAAUCCAUGCGGCUAGGGCGACGUGGUUCCGUCACCUGCCCAACUUGAGGAAACUGAUUCUGAACAGAUGUGGGUUGCUACACAUUGAACCGGAUGUCUUCCGGAUGCUGCCGCGACUGGAAACUUUGGGCCUGCGCGAUAAUGACCUGGACUGUCUGAUGACAGAGGAUCUUUCCUACCUACGAUCACUGAAGACCGUACGUAUCGAUGGGAACCCAUGGCUCUGCGAGUGUCGACAGAUGCUGGAUAAGUACUUCAAGGACAGAUCCAUCAGCCAGGAAGCAGAAUGCUCUGCAGAGGUUCACUUAUGCAGGACAUAUCAGUGUAUGACUCAGAUAGGCUUCCCUGCGCUCCCAGCAUCCUUCACCACCCAACACCUGAUCAAUUAUAAUAGGACAUGGACGUCGAUGCGAAGAAACGAAUUUCAAACGAACGUUUUCACGUCGUUGGACCGACUUCCAGAUAAAACAAGCUGGAUCGAGAUCUCCGGCCUGACAAUAGAGAAGCUGCUGCGUUACAGUUUCUUUCGGUUCGGGAAUAGCUUAAGAAGUCUAGAUCUGAACGACUGUGGGAUCCGUGAGAUAGAGAGCGGAGCUUUCGCAGGUUUGCACAGGUUGCAAAGGCUGUCUUUAGUUGGCAACCAGUUCCAUCUAGUCGGUGCGGACUGGUUCCGUGAUCUUGUCGGUCUGCAACAGUUGAUCCUGCAAAGGAACGAGAUUGAAAAAAUAGAACCAACUGCACUAUGGCAUACGGGUAACAGCUUAAGGUACCUCGAUCUCCGGAGCAACAGAUUACAGUGCAUCCCCAUUGAAGAGCUCGGUGAAUUGAAGAGACUGGAACGCUUGGAUGCGACCGGUAAUCCCUGGCUGUGCAGCUGCCGCAGGAAUCUUCAAAGUUUCCUCACGCAAAGGAACGUUGGAUUCGAGAUCGACGCGGGAAGGUGCUAUGAGAAUCAAAACGAGGUUCCUCAGAGACCCGGUGGAUGGCACCAGCAGACAAACGAAACCUCCACAACAGGAAGAGUCCACUGGACCUCCUUCGAGGAUAGCGUGAAACAAUCAAACCUAACAAUCAUCAGACCUCGACCGCCAGUGCUAUCAACAGAAGUCCACGUCUCCACUCCUGCACCAACAGUAUACACAGGCCAAUGCUACCCCGAGAAGAGCAACGACCGAUUCAGGACUACCUACACCUGCCGCGCCAUUACCUCCAUAGAAGACGUGUACGCAAUCCCAGCGACAGUCCACACAAUCCGCGUGAUACUGUCAAACAUCAAAAAAGUCCCCACCGACACGUUCGCCCGGUUCAACGGCUACUUGUCCGAGCUAGAGCUCCGCGACUGCGGAAUCGAGAAAAUCGAGCCUGGCGCGUUCGUGAAGCUCUACAACCUGGAGUACCUAUCAUUGAGGAGCAACCAGCUGGACGCCGUCAGCGGGGACACUCUUCAGGGCCUGACGAACCUCAGACGCCUGGACCUGUCCCACAACAACAUCUACCGAAUAACGAACGACGCGUUCGACAAUGUGCCUUACUUGACCAGCCUCGACGUCUCUGAAAACUCCAUGAACUGCAUCGGCGUGGAGUACAUGGGGGAGCGCUUAAGGUACCUGUCCACCCUGAACGUCGCCAACAACCCGUGGAGCUGCCUGUGCGGGACCAAGCUGGCCGAGUUCCUAAACGGUCGUGGUAUUCGUUACAACAAGCAUUCCUUGCUGCUGAGGGAGGACUGCUACGCGACUGACGUUCCCGCCAUAACCAGCGCCCCAUCGACAACGACUCCAACGGCUCCAACCUGGAACGACACUGCUGAAGGGACUUGCGUUACCGACGGAGACAAUACAGGACGUUACUGGUGCACUGGUGGUAACUUGGCGCUGUUGCAGACGUUGCCCCCAGAUGUCACUGCCAUCGAGUUCCAUCAAGGUCACCUGCCCCGUUUACCUGCAGGCUAUCUGUCGAGGUUCACUGAUCUCCGGGAAAUUAUAAUAACUAAUUCGGGACUGACUACGAUCGAACAAGGUGCAUUCGAUGGUUUGAAUAAAUUAGAGAACUUGACGAUUCAGGAUAACCAGUUGGAAAUGAUAGGAUCGUCCUGGUUCACGCUGGAGAAUCUCCGGAAGCUGGACCUGCGCGGUAACUCGAUCAAGUACGUUGCUCCCGGCGCGUUCCGGCGGUUGAACCGGCUGGAAUAUUUGAAUUUGGAGGGAAACGAUUUGAGGUGCAUAUACACGAGUGAUUUGAAUGACAUGCCCGAGGUGUACAUAGUGGAGUUCGCUGGGAAUCCGUUGAAAUGGAGGUGCAGGGUCGAGUUGGAGCAGUUCUUGGAUGCUAGGAAAAUUCGGUUCGUGAGAAUCGAGAAUUCCUGUGAAGGGAAGAAGUUGGUGAGGAAUCUGCUGCUGCAGAAUAAGACGGACGGUUCGUUCAGCUGUCCUUCUGAUUGUUCUGCGGGUAGUCAGUUGAUGCUCCAUCGUUUCCUUGCUCUGGUUUUCGCUUUACCGAUGCUGAUGCGGCUCUACUGAUCGCGUGGUCGUCGAUGACCGUUACUUAACCACAAGUACAAUAAUGUAUGUGUUCAUUAAUAUUUUUUUAUAUUUAUUAUUCACUUAUGUAAACCUGCGUGACGUUUAAGUGGCACAGAGCUUGAGUAACGCGCAAAAUCUAGUUGCCCAGUGGACAGGGACCAGCGAGGAGCUAGGACUUGCAUUAAGAAGCAGCUGUAAAAUUGCUUAUCUCUGUGCAUGCCAUACUGUAUGUUCAAUAAACUAAUUUAUUUCCUUAGGAAUAAUUUAGAACGUUAAAUCGGCUAGAUCGUAGUUGAGACGCGGCGAGAAGCUAUUUAAAUGAUGAUUUUCAUGCUCGAUUCUGUAAUCGAUCGGCAUCGACUUCGGAGUGCGUUUGAAUAGUUAUGGUUAGUAAGAGUUACGCAAAUAAAUGAGAUUCCAUAAGCAACAAUCGGCUUCUGAUUCUUUCUGAUUUAUCAGAGGAUGGAGUACUUGAUAACGUUUGUAAUUUAAUUAAUAAAACAUUGCAUCAAACGGAAAUUCUCAGUCAAUUUUUAAAAAGCGUCAACAAAAGCCCGACUAGCUCAGUCGGCAGAGCAUGAGACUCUUAAUCUCAGGGUCGUGGGUUCGAGCCCCACGUUGGGCGAAUUUAUUUUUUGCCGAGUUUUCUCGUGGAUAAACAUUUCAAAAUUUUAAUAGAACUAUUCCGUAUAAACUUAAUGCAAAAAACAAAUUACCGCAUU